AUGGCAUCUUCUUAUUGGAAAAGUUCUCAAUUUGAUCAAUGGUUAUUUGAUCGUCAAGAAUUAAUGUCAGUUCGUUUACGUGAUAUAUCAUCAUGGUCAACAAAUAAUAAUGGUACAUCAAUAACAGAAGAUGACUAUUCGAAAAUUCUUAUUUUUUAUUCGAAUAUAAUUCAAUCUAUUGGUGAACAAUAUAAAGUUCGCCAACAAGUUAUAGCAACAGGAAUUGUUUAUUUAAAAAGAUUCUAUGCUCGAUAUCCAUUAAAAAGUAUUGAUCCAUGGCUUCUUUGUCCAACUUGUUUAUUUCUUGCUGCUAAAGUUGAAGAAUUUUCGACAUUAAAUCAUCAACGUGUUUGUAAUGCAGCUGCAAGUACUUAUAAAAAAUAUACACAUUUACUUGGCGGUCCAAAUGAAUAUCCUUAUCAAAUCAAACAUAUACUUGAAUGUGAAUUUUAUUUACUUGAAAUAAUGGAUUGUUGUUUAAUAAUCUAUCAUCCAUAUCGUUCAUUAGAUAUGUAUACACGUGAAUUUCAAAUAGAUCAACAAUUAUUUGAAACAGCAUGGCGUAUAAUAAAUGAUUCAUUAAAAACAGAUGCACCAUUAUUAUAUCCACCAUAUGAAAUAGCUCUUGCUUGUCUUUUACUUGCUGCAACAUAUCGUGAUAAAAUGGCAUUACUUAAACAAUAUAUGAUUGAUGCACAAAUUGAUGUUGAAAGAAUUUAUGAAGUUGUGAAAUUAUUACUUAAAUAUUAUGAUUUAUUAACAACAUAUGAUGCAGAUCAACCGAAUGAUGGAAAACAAUUAAAAGAAAUUUUAUCAAAAAUUCCUAAACCUAAAGUAGCUCCUACUGAAUCAACACAAUCGAAUGAACAGCAACAACAACAACAACAACAAAAUCAAGGAACAACAGGACAACAAAAUAAUAAUUAA